CCAUAUCGGAUCGUAUGCUAAUUUCUUGCUGCCUUGCCAGCACCUGGCAUUUAGGCCACUUUUGGAGCCAAGUGUUUGACAAUUUGGAGCGUCCAUUAGCCAGGCCUUCUCCUUCUCCAAAGACUAUAAAAACAAAGACUCGAUCCAAGACAAUGCAUAUUCAGUUUUUGGACUCUGUGACAGCAGCAAUCUCUUAGAAAUGCAGCAAUUGUUGGUUAUUGUAUCCCUGGGAUUGCUGGCCAGUGUGGCAGCCAAGCCAGCUUUGGACCAAGCUCUGUUUUCGGCUGGGUCACCUUUCGGUUUCUAUCCAGGAUCGGCUGCUCCGAUUGCCGCCUACACAGGAGCUCCGUUUGCUGCCGCGCCUUUUGCUAAUCCUUUGGGUGCUUCCCCUUUGUCAGCAGUGUCCAGCAGCCAGCGCUUGGACUACUUUAACCAGUUUAAUGCCGCCUUUGCCCCGACUGCUCCUGCUCGCAUCCUGGCUGCUGCCCCAUUUGCUUCCGCUGGCGCCCGCCUCAUUCAACCAACUCGUUUGAUUGCUCCUGGAGGACCGGCACCAUAUUUCUUUUAAUAAAUUCAAAAUCUUUGACCUAAAUAUUUAAUUUAUAAAUAAAAGUACAUGUUGGUUAACCACGAAAACUGUGUCAAGACCAUGUCUGAAUGAGCUUCAACUUUUGCUCAGUUGGCUACGCGCCAAGUACAGUGAUUUCUCGUAGUAUGUGAAAAAUUUCAUAAAAUCGAUUAAUAC